AUGACGGUAGAACAAGUCCAACUCAUCUACGGCGGGGGCUCGUUCAUCAGCGAGGUCAGCAACCGCUCUCUCUCCGACGUGCAGGCCACAUUGAACCAACUGCAUUCUCACGGUAUCCGGGCGAUCGACACGGCGCCCAUCUACGGCCGCUCCGAAGAGCUCCUGGGCCAGGCCCAUGCCGCGGACCGGUUCGCCCUGGCCACCAAGUUCCCCGGCGGGUUCCUGCCCGAGCCGGCCACCAAAGAAGUCCUCCUCGCUGCGGCCGAAGAGAGUCUCCGGAAGCUGCAGACCGAUCAAACUUGUAACCCUGGAGAAGUUGGGUAA